AUGGCCUCUCCCUGCAAAGAAGCGCUGGUACACGCCCGAAGACCUGAAGCAAGCAGUCCAGCAGGUCGUUGGUGGAAUGCGUGGGACAGAAGUCGCUCACGCUGCCACAUUCCGUACGAAGUUGUCAUGCGCAGGGUUCGACUCAUCAAGGCCAGCAAGGAAGUCCGCGUUCAGCGCCGUGGACCAAAACCAACCCUCGCGAAGUCAUGUGAGGAAGACCUGCGACACCCACAGCUGACCAACCGCGUUGCCCAGGUCAUAUCAUCCGCCCGAACCAGCAUCGACGAAGCAGGAGUGGCGCUGUUGUUCGACUCCAUGGGCGAAGCGAUGAAGGAGCACAACUUUACGGCGGAUCGGAUUUUCAACAUGGACGAGACGUCCUUCGCAUCCCGGCGGAAGUCUAAGGACGUCGUGGCGUUGAAGGGCUCACGGAACGUUUGGGCUAAGACUGUUCCUACAAAUUUUCAUAUGUCGAUUGUAGCGUGCGGCAGCGCCGAUGGCAUGAUCCUGCCUCCGUUGUUCUUUUGCCUGGUGAAUCUGUCAACAAGGACUUGGGUACCUACUGUUCGGUACCUGGUGCUACUGUCACUACGACCCCGAAAGGAAACGGGAGACAUGCACUCCAUCUCGAAGGCUGCCGCAAUCACAAUCGCUUCCAACGCAUGGACAUCGCACAUCCUGUCGUCGAAUGUCGUCAGCGGGUUUCGUACUGCUGGCCUUUUCCCGCUAUCGUUGGAGCAAAUGAUGAAGCGAUUUAAUUUGUUCCAAAAGGGGGGAGUACCAGCAGCGUAUGUUCACGCUGAGUGGCUAGAGCAACAAGACGCCCUUCGACGUCAGCUGCUGGCGUUGCCUGCAGAACAAGCAAAACGCGUAGGUCCGAAACGAAUCACCGUAGCGGGACGCAUUCUUACCUUGGCCCUGAUGCAAGUGAUCGACAAAACGAAAGAAGAGCGCGCCAAGGCUGCUAAAGAGACCAAGGCUCUGAAAGCAAAGCGCGCCAAACGAAAGGCGAAGCGACGUACCUGUGACGACGACAAUGCGGCUGAAACUGAGGAAGACAACGAAGGACCACCGGACAACGAGGGAACACAGGUGGCUAAAGCGACCAAGCCAGUGACAGCGAAGCGCGCAAAACACAAGGCGAAGCGACGAACCUGCGACGUAGACGACGUGGACGGCGCGGCUACAGCCCAGGACGACGACGAAGGGCCACCCGACAGCGAAAGAACGCAGGACACCGCACGCGACCAGCAGGACCAAGGACCGCCGACUGCACUUGACCGCGUUGUCCUACAAGAAGCAGCAGUUUAA